AAACUGAUUGAUAGGGCGUACGACCAAUCAGAACCCAAAGUCUGAAGUGAGGCAGCCAAUAGCGGGAGAGAAGAACGGCGGGACAUCCUGUUCGUGACGCAAAUUUUCACAGUCAACAUCGGAAGCUCCACCUUUUGUGUUUCCCGCACCGUCAAUCAAAAUAGAAAAAAUAGACUCGAUUCAGCGAUCGCAGCCCGCCUCCGAAUAAUAUAAUCAUGCUUGGCGUGUAAUUAAAUCGAGAUUUUUUUUCUAUUAAAGUAAUUCACGUAAUGACUGGUAUGUAAGACUCAAUACAUUUGCAUUAGACGCAUUCCGCAGCCCUGUCUUAGCUAAGCUAAUGCUAAUGCUGGCUAAGUGUGUAGGUUUGGUUUGCUAAUCUCUUUGCAGUUGUGCUAACUGUUAACAUUAGCCAGUUAGCUUAGCCACUUCUGAAUUUUCCGAUUUGUGUGCAGAUAGCAGCUCUGUUUGUGCUCAGUUUGUUGAAGUAUUCUUUGUUGUGGUCGGAGAGUUGAGCUGGCAGUACGUCCGACUGAGCUGUUCUGCUUCGUGUCCGUGCACCGUGCCUGUGUACAGCGCCCAAACAGCCGGGGAGACAAGAGGAAAUGGCUGCCUUAGACGUGGACAGCAGUCAAAGCGAGUUUCUGCAGCAAGAUGGUAGCAGGGGAGACCAGGCCAGUCCGCCGUCGCCGCUCGCUCUGCUGGCGGCCACCUGCAGCGAGCUCGCCUCGCCCUCCUCCCGGGGGGAGAACAGAGCUGCCGCUGCCGGGGCUGCAGAUUCUGGAUCAGUGCAGCUAACAAGCUCAUCAGAAAGAUGGGAUGGAGUCAAGGAUGACUCAAGCAUUGUGCAGCUGCCCAGUGGGGGCAUAGUCACCUCCAAUGGGCAGUAUGUUCUUCCCAUUCAGGGCCUUCAGGGCCUCCAGAGCCAGCCCAUUUUAUUAACAUCAGGGACAGACUCCUCCGCCAAUGCAGUGCCUAACAUCCAGUACCAGGUUAUCCCGCAGAUCCAGACAACUGAUGGGCAGCUGGGAUUCUCCGCUUCAACGGUAGAGGGUGCCUCCCUGGCUCAGGAUGCCUCAGGGCAGAUCCAGAUUCUUCCUGAUGGCUCUCAGGCCAUCAGUGUAGCCGGGACUGCCUCGGCUGGCAUUCUCAGCAACAGCCCGAACCUCAUGGCCCAGACUGGCCAAGUGCAGCAGAUCCAGGGAGUCACUCUGGGAAGCUCAGCCUUUAACAGUCAGGGGCAGGUGGUUGCUAACGUGCCUGUGGGUUUGCCUGGGAAUAUUACCUUUGUGCCCAUUAACAGUGUAGAUCUGGACUCACUAGGGCUCUCCGGGGCACAGACAAUAGCCACGGGGCUGACCGCUGAUGGACAGCUAAUCAUGACCAAUCAGACGGUGGAAAACACAGAAGGCUCAGAGAAAACAGGAGAACAGCUAUCACAGCAAACACUAGUGGUCAACAACACUAAUGCAGCAGCAGAGAUGUUUGUGCCUACCACAUCUUCCUCAUCAUCAUCGUCAUCUUCGUCCUCGCAGUUGCCUGCCAGCACAAUCGAUGGCACGGGUGUGCUGACGCAGGGCACGCCUGAGCAGACUGAAGGAUUCCUUGCUCAGAGCCAGGUGCAGGUGUCCACAGGGCAGCAGGUGAUCCAGCUGCAGCAGGUGCCACUCCAGAGCAGCGACGGGCAGCUGGGCCAGCAACAGAUAGCCACCCAGGGGCAGCAGCCUCUCCAGAACGUCCAGCUCAUCAACCCAGGGACCUUCCUCAUUCAGGCGCAGACCGUCACACCAUCAGGCCAGAUACAGUGGCAGACCUUCCAGGUUCAGGGUAUUCAGAACCUCCAGAACCUGCAGCUCCAGACAGCCCCAGCCCAACAGAUAACGUUAGCCCCAGUACAGACCCUCUCUAUAGGGCAGGGUGCCCUAAGUACCACUCCUGUCAGCAUCAGCUCUGGGCAGAUUCCCAAUCUGCAGACGGUCACAGUUAAUUCGGUGGAUCAUGCGGGGCUCCAGCUCCAGGCUGACGACACAGACAGCCCUGGAGAUAUUCGGAUAAAGGAGGAGCCAGACUCAGAAGAGUGGUCUCUUGCUGGUGACUCCACUCUGAAUACUAAUGACCUGUCUCACCUGCGUGUGCGCUUAGUAGAAGACGAGAUGGAGGGUCUGGGCCAGGAGGGCAAACGGCUGCGCAGGGUCGCCUGCACCUGCCCCAACUGCAAAGAGGGAGGAGGAAGGGGUGCCAACAUGGGGAAGAAGAAGCAGCAUGUAUGUCAUAUAGCAGGCUGUGGGAAGGUGUACGGGAAGACAUCUCACCUUCGAGCUCACUUGCGCUGGCACUCAGGAGAGAGGCCUUUUGUCUGCAACUGGAUGUUCUGCGGCAAGAGAUUCACACGCAGCGAUGAGCUGCAGCGACAUCGGAGAACACAUACAGGCGAAAAGAAGUUUGUGUGUCCUGAGUGCUCAAAGCGCUUCAUGCGAAGCGACCACCUGGCCAAGCACAUAAAGACGCAUCAGAAGAAGGGCAGCGGUGGCGCAGUGGUGGCAAGCAUGGAGACCUCUGCCUCCUCUGACAGCAUCAUCACCUCAGGAGCUACCACACUCAUCCUCACCAACAUCCAGCCAGGUGCCGUGCAGGGCCUUGCUACCGUUAACGCUACUGUUAACACGUCCAACUCGCAGGAGCUGCUCACUACAGCAGAGAUCCCGCUGCAGCUAGUCACCGUCGCAGCCAGUGAAGCUGCAGAGUGACGCAUACACACAGGAGCUGAGCAACUAACAGAGAGGACUUUCUCAAUUGUCAGGAAAGAAACUGCUUCACAAGGAUUCAAGUAAACUUUUUAUCAGACUGCCAAGGUUAUGUUGCUUUGGGCAUAGUGUCAUUAUUAUCUUCUCCUAUCUCUUCCUCCUGGAUAUCAGUUUGACCACAAGACUCCUCUCCCUCAAAUUUAUCCUGCUUUUUAUACCCCCACAGAUUAUUCUCAUUUACGUAAAUAUAUCCAUUUACGUAAAUGCACAUAUAUAAAAAUAUAUUUUACAAAUAUAGAAUAUCAAUUUAUGUUUGUCUGCAGUUUUUUUAUGGCAAGAAUGGAACAGAAGAAAAUCGUCGAAAGUGGUUUCCAUAUAAAAAACACUGAAAUGCCUUAUUUUGUAUCAUAUUCAUGUUGUGUACAAAAGUAGAGUUGCUGACAAGCUUUAAAGCAACUGUAUUUGUUUGAAUGGGAGUAACCUUUAUAAAGGAACCUAGGUCUGGUCAACGGGAGUGAUGUUAAUCUAAUGUGGUGGCUAGUUUAGGGUAUGUUGUGGCGUUAGUUGGCCGCACUAUAAGGGAGGAUGUUCAGGCUAGAACAUUAGAAUGAAGUGUGCCACUCUGGUGCUGGGCGUUAUGAAGUUCUUCAUGUCCAAAUGUGUCUUUAAUGUACGUGUUUCUGAUGCUUUUCUCUGAAAACAUGCAUAUAUAAUUUUUUUUUUUCAAUGUGGUCCUUUUAUUUUAUUUAGUAGAAAUCAAGGCUCUGCGAAGCUCUUUCUCUUUAAACUGAAGCGUUGUGAAGAAAAUUAUAAAAAUGAAAAACAAUCAGUGUAAUUAAAAACCUUUUUUUUUUUCCUUCUUCUUCAACCUCUUACAGUUGAUCACAUGUUAUGCAUUUGUUAAGUCUUUUUGAGCAAGACAAUAUUUAUAUGAGGCUUUGCAUAGUAAACUGGUUUUGUGGUGUCUACAUCUCUUAAAUAGCUUUUUUUUUUUUUUUUUUUUUUUUUUUUUAAUUUUUUAAAUAUGUAUAAUAAUUCCAGUAUGUCAUUUUUCUAAGGCUGAACUAUCUAAGCUGAAUCAUUAUCAGAAUCAUUUGAUAUGUAAUGGGCAGAUUUGUGGUCUAGAAAUUGGUGACAUGUCAGUGUCGCAUGAAGAGGAUGUGAUUUGUCUGGAUGUGCCUGGAGUUUUUUCUCUCUGGGUUGUGUGUGUGUAGAGCUGUACCACAUGGUGAUCCAUUAGGAAUAAGGAGUACUCGAUUACAGGUGUGCUGUGCCACUGGUGUUAAAGCUGUUUGGACCAAAUUCAAUCAAAUCACUUUUAAACUGCUCAAGAGACAAGGACCGAUUCUACAAACCACCAUGUAACAACAAAAAACGUCCAGUUUAGUUUUAGGCCAGCCAGUUCUGUACAGGAAACACAGAAUUUGAACCUGUAUCGAGAUUUUUAGCUUCGCGAUGGUUCUGAUGGGUUCUGCAGUAAUUCGAUUGACUUUGUUCUGAUCUGCCAUAGCCAUGUUAGGAGGAGGCUGGGGUACUCCUGAUUUGAGAUCCUGCGCAGAGAGGAAAAAAAUGUCCAUUUUCAUGUGCAAAUACACUUGUUUAUUACUGGUAUAUACUCACAGUUUGAUAAUGAACUUUUUUAUAAAGAGAGCAUAACUCUUUUAUAUACUUCACAGGUUGCUGAAGGACAUAUUUCUUGCCCUCAGUAUGCAGUUUGUUCUUCAAGCGAUGGUGUAGGAAUAUUUCCCUCUUUAUCUCCAGGAUUGUUUUGCACUUUCAUAUGAUGGAUUAUUCCAUGUAAUCCAGACAUGAAUUAUGAGUUCAGUUGCCAGUCUGUUUUAGGAGUUUCAGCUAUUAAGGACAAGAAAUUUAAACAUGCUAAUGAUGAUCCAUGCUAAACUACCCAACCUUGCUGAAACGGAUAACGUCAUUAGUUAAGUGUAAUUGAUGAAACACUAUUUUGUUUUCUGAAUUUUUUUUUUUUUUUCCUAUUUCCUUCCUACUAUUUGCAUUUUUAAUAUGUUGCCCUAGUUUGUGAGGUCAAAUAUAAUUUUGUUCACUAUAAAUAGCAUUGUAACGUCUCUUGUAUUGUUAUUUGGUCUUUUUUUCUGAAAAAGCUUCAAACUAUUGUACAAUGCCCACUUUUGAGGGCAGCUUUUUAUUUCACACUAAAAUGACUAAAAAGAA